UUGUUUCCUGUCAACUUCUGAAGUUCGCAUUCUUGCCCAUGAACAGGAAUUUCAUGUCAACGGGGGAUUGAAUGCACAAAAGUGAAUCUAGGUGCGAUGUAUUUAGACUUCUUAUACCUUGGUGCAGCUGGAGCACAUAUCAAAAUCGAUCCAACCUUCAAAAAUCUCGUAGAGAGGGUAAAAGUGUCAAGGAAAUCACUGUUCAAGAUGCCAUCAAAGAACUUGAAGAAAAAGCAAGUUCCGUUCAUCGCCAAAACCUUGGUGGCAGAAUUUCGUUGUGGGGACAGUGGUCCAGAAGAAUGGAGGACAAUCGUCUCGAUGCAGACUUGAAAUACGUUGACAAUGAACAGGGUGGGUCCGUGGUUUCUUUUGACGAAGUGUUUAUCCGGAGUAGAGCAUUGGAAGAAGCAGUUGCCAGCUUGAUACGAAAUCCGGUUCCGGACGACACAGAGAUUACUUUCCUGUUCUCCCACUGUCUAGAGGGCGAUGCCCUAUUUCACCGUAAACUGGCUGAAGGCUUUAAAACUAUUGGAGAAUGCUUCCGCGAAAGUGGACGUACAAUUCCAGAAGAAUUCGUAGGCCAAAUUCUUGUGGUGGUCACCUCGUUGAAAGUAAAUCCAAAAUUAAAGAGGACAAGUGGAAUCACGCUGAACAAAAUAGACGAUGAGAUCUCUUUCAAUUUAGCC